AUGAGUCAGAUUGGUACUUAUAGUGCAUUAAUUGGUGAUUCGCAAUACUACAAUUCGUCCUUAAUCUCAUUUGAAGAAGGUCAUGCGGCAUUUCUACAUGCAAUGGGAGAAGGUUUUGCCUGGGAAUUACUUGAAGUUUAUUCAGGUCCGCCAAAUAUCACUUUUAGAUGGCGUCAUUUUGGCCGAAUGACCGAUUCAUUUUCAUGUCGGUCAUUAUCGGGUCAUCUCUAUACAGUAGAUCCAACAAAGAAAAUGAUCAAUAUAUAUGGAAUGUGCAAAAUGACAGUAGCUGCCGAUAUGAAAAUUCAAGAGUUGCAAAUUUUCUACGAUCCAAAUCAACUAUUCACUCAACUGGCAGAAAUCUGUCCAUUUGCUCCGUUUGAGACAGUGUCUUCUCUAUAUGAUCCAGCAAAAGAGAAGAUGUUGAAUGAAUUACUCCAGAAGAAGGCUUUGAGCGGCAAACCAGAAACAGAUGAUGAGAAAGAGAAAGAAAAACCAGCUAAUCGAUCAUCGACAAUGUGCAUUAUCAAUUAA